CCGCGCCCCGCCGGCUUCCCACCACGGCCUCUCUCGGCGAGGAAACUCUGGCCUCCGCUUCCUCCUCCUCCGACUCGGACACCGGCGGAGCCUCCCCGCCCCCGCGGAAGAAACCCCGAGCCUCGGCGGCGGAGGGAGCAGGAGAGCCCGGGGCUUCGGCAGGCAGAGCAGGCCUCUCCCCUCCGACCUCGUCGUCCUCGCCCUCCUCCUCCUCCUCCUCCGUGGUGGUGGUGGUGGGACUCUCCCCGGCCGCCGCCCCUCCGGCCGCCGCGGCCGUCCCCCACCGGAGCAGCGGCCACAGCCCGGUCGGCGGCAGCAUCAUGCAGGCCAACGGGUCCGGAGGAGGAGGAGGAGGCGGCGGCGGCGGCGGGGGCGGCGGGGGCCAGGGACAGACCCAGGAGCUCGCGUGCCUGGCGGCCCAGAACGGGGAAUCGUCGCCGUCGUCGUCCGCGGGGGACCUGGCCCACGCCAACGGGCUGCUGCCCGCCGCCCCCUCCGCCGCCAGCAACAAUAGCAACAGCCUGAGUGUCAAUAACGGGGUCCCCGGCGGGGCCGCCGCCGCCGCCACCGCCGCCGCUUCCUUGGCCGCCUCGGACCUGGGCAGCAGCCUCAAGAAGAAGAAGCGGCUCUCCCAGUCGGAUGAGGAUGUCAUCAGGCUGAUAGGACAGCACUUGAACGGCCUAGGGCUCAACCAGACUGUUGAUCUCCUCAUGCAAGAGUCAGGAUGUCGUUUAGAACAUCCUUCUGCUACCAAAUUCCGAAAUCAUGUCAUGGAAGGAGACUGGGAUAAGGCAGAAAAUGACCUGAAUGAACUAAAGCCUUUAGUGCAUUCUCCUCAUGCUAUUGUGGUAAGAGGCGCACUUGAAAUCUCUCAAACGUUGUUGGGAAUAAUUGUGAGGAUGAAGUUUUUGCUGCUACAGCAGAAGUACCUGGAAUACCUGGAGGAUGGCAAGGUCCUGGAGGCACUUCAAGUUCUACGCUGUGAAUUGACCCCACUGAAAUACAAUACAGAACGCAUUCAUGUUCUCAGUGGGUAUCUGAUGUGUAGCCAUGCAGAAGACCUACGUGCAAAAGCAGAAUGGGAAGGCAAAGGAACAGCUUCCCGAUCCAAACUGUUAGACAAACUUCAGACCUAUUUACCACCAUCAGUGAUGCUUCCCCCACGGCGUUUACAGACCCUUCUGCGGCAGGCGGUGGAACUACAAAGGGAUCGGUGCCUAUAUCACAAUACCAAACUUGAUAAUAAUCUAGAUUCUGUGUCUCUGCUUAUAGAUCAUGUUUGUAGUAGGAGGCAAUUCCCAUGUUAUACUCAGCAGAUACUUACGGAGCAUUGUAAUGAAGUGUGGUUCUGUAAAUUCUCUAAUGAUGGCACUAAACUAGCAACGGGAUCAAAAGAUACAACAGUUAUCAUAUGGCAAGUUGAUCCGGAUACACACCUGCUAAAACUGCUUAAAACUUUAGAAGGACAUGCUUACGGUGUUUCUUAUAUUGCAUGGAGUCCAGAUGACAACUAUCUUGUUGCUUGUGGCCCAGAUGACUGCUCUGAGCUUUGGCUUUGGAAUGUACAAACAGGAGAGCUAAGGACAAAAAUGAGCCAAUCUCAUGAAGACAGUUUAACGAGUGUGGCUUGGAAUCCAGAUGGGAAACGCUUUGUAACUGGAGGUCAGCGAGGGCAAUUCUAUCAAUGUGAUUUAGAUGGUAAUCUUCUUGACUCCUGGGAAGGAGUGAGAGUGCAAUGCCUUUGGUGCUUGAGUGACGGGAAGACUGUUCUGGCAUCAGAUACACACCAGCGCAUUCGGGGAUAUAACUUCGAGGACCUUACAGAUAGGAACAUAGUACAGGAAGAUCAUCCCAUUAUGUCUUUUACUAUUUCAAAGAAUGGCCGUUUAGCUUUGUUAAAUGUAGCAACUCAGGGAGUUCAUUUAUGGGACUUGCAGGACAGAGUUUUAGUAAGAAAGUAUCAAGGUGUUACACAAGGGUUUUAUACAAUUCACUCAUGUUUUGGAGGCCAUAAUGAAGACUUCAUCGCCAGUGGCAGUGAAGAUCACAAGGUUUACAUCUGGCACAAACGUAGCGAACUGCCCAUUGCGGAGCUGACAGGGCACACACGUACAGUAAACUGUGUGAGCUGGAACCCACAGAUUCCAUCCAUGAUGGCCAGCGCCUCAGAUGAUGGCACUGUUAGAAUAUGGGGACCAGCACCUUUUAUAGACCACCAGAAUAUUGAAGAGGAAUGCAGUAGCAUGGAUAGUUGAUGGCGAAUUUGGAGCAGACGACUUCUGUUUAACUUAAAAUUAGUCGUAUUUUAAUGGCUUGGGAUUUGGUGCAAACAAACAUGAUUGAUAGCUGGACAGACAUGCUCGUCAUGAAAAAAGAACCAUUUCUGAAGCCCGAUUGGGGCCAAACAUUUACAUCUUGCUUCAUAGUAACCAGUUGAGAUGAAGCACGUCGUUAGAACGUUGUUGGACACCAUGUUGAAUUAUCCCCCCAUCGGUUGUGAAGAACUGUGCUACAUUCAGGCUUACCCAUUGAACUCAGUAUAUAUAUUUUUUCCCUCCUGCCUUUUGUCUGGCAGGAUACCAUUCUUGUCUCUUUUCUGUGUAAUGAAGUUUAAAUGCUUGUUUGGAAAACUUUAUUUAACAGUUUAGAAGGCUUGAUAGAAAGAGUGCAUUAGUCUGAAGAGUAUACAUUGGAUAGGAAAGAAUUUCCUUCUUUUGUUUCUCCAAGUCUUUCCGCCUUAUUUAGCUUGAGAUCUUUGCAGCUUGGUUCAUGGAUUCUAGCCUUGCCCGUUGCGCAGUAUAUACUGAUCAGAUGAAAAACUAGUGAACUAUGUCAAAAGCACUCUCAAUAUUACAUUUGACAAAAAGUUUUGUACUUUUCACAUAGCUUGUUGCCCCGUAAAAGGGUUAACAGCACAAUUUUUUAAAAAUAAAUUAAGAAGUAUUUAUAGGAUUAAAGUGACUUCAUUUGUAUACAUUUGGAAUUUAAACCAGCUUAAAAAGUUUCCUCUAUGACUUAGAUAUGCAGUAGAACUGAUGCUCUUCCGGAAUACCACAGGAGACAUGCUCAGAAACAGUGCUUGGAAGGACGUUACACAGGAAAAUCAGAGUAAAACUUUGAAGGUUUUCCCCCUUUUGUUUUAUUCCUGAAGGAACAUCAGUACCUGAUCUUGAAGAAAUUCAAAAUUCAUAAAAAGAAUUUUAAAAUAACAACAUUAGAGAUCAGUAGUCUGUUUAAAUUUUCAACAAAGCUUGUUCCAAGUUGUUCUCAACCCGGGAAAUCAUUUUGGUGUGAUCUAGCAAGAGUAGAGAUCAGCAGAUAUAAUCACUUUGGAAGUUUAUAGUAUAAUUGAGCUUAUUAGAAGAAUUCAGCAGGUAACAAACACUUAAACUGGGUCUCAAUCCUCAUAGUCAUUUCUCUUAAUUGCCCUUAAUAUUUUGACAGUUAGGGAUACAUAAAUUUUUUAAAAAAUUUCUUCUGUUUUUCAGAUAUUGCCAUACUGAACCUCAUUCUAAACUGGUGCUGUGGGUAGUCUUUCCUGCUCCCCUCCCUUUUGAGUUUAAGGAAAGGUUUCCUUCAUGGAAAAGCACUUUUAAGAAUUUCACAUUUAAAAUAAGCCAACAGUCUGGUAUUCACAUUGUGCUUUUAAAACUCCUAACAGCUUAAAUACAACAUACUAAGUCUCCUUUGAAAUUUCCUCCCUUUUUUCAGUUAAGGAUAAUUAUGGUGACCACAGCUAUUAUGUUGGAAAGAAGAGUGGAAAUAACCCCAAAGUAAGAUUCUGGUGAAGAAAGUCAUGUACUCUGCUUAGGCCCAGCCAAGUCUAUAAUCUAUUACCGUGAGGAGACUCCUUCAAGAUCCGCAAAAAAAGAGAAAAAGGCUUGGAUGUCAGGAAUACUCCCACUGGGAGAUGUGGCUAGGGGAUGACUACAAGGAGAGAUGGGAAAGUCAGUGAAGGAGAGAAGAAAGAAAAACACAAUUGGCCUUAAAAUAGCACGGAGUCUCCCAAUAACUCCUAAGAGAAAAUGACAGAUAGUGGUCAGCAGAUUAUUUUAUCAAAUUGGUAUGUAAAAGAUUUCUUUAAGCUCCAUUUUGCAGAAACCACCACCUAGAGAAUCAAGAAUUCCUGUUUUGAUACUUCUGAGUUAAUUAUAUAUCACAGUUUAUCUGGUACUUCAUUUUUCUUAACUAAAAUUACUUUUUACUUUAAGCUUAAAUAAAAAUCUUCAUUGGUAACUGUAUAUAAUUAAGUGGCAACUUCUCUUUACCUCAGUACAGUUAAAACCAUAUUUUAAGUGAUUCAUGUAUACCCUGAAGCCAUUAACACACCCCAAUCUCUACAGUAACAUCACUAAUAAAAUGUGGGCAUAGAAACUCCACUGCUGUUUACGAAUUUGGUUACAAUGUGCCAUGGUACAUUUGUAACAUUAUCUGUGAUUUGUGCCCACUCAGGGGCAAUUUGGCACUCAGAUUCUACUACAUUUUAUCCCACCACCCCUAGAUCUGAGUUUCAGAGUGCUUCUGAAGUACAGUUUAAAACACUUUAAAAAGGUGGAGUAAAAGCAGGCACAUUUUACAAGAACAUAACUCCAUUAAAACGGAGUAACAACUAUGCAAAGGUUUCUUAUAGCAGCUCGGUGAGUUUGUUUUCCAGGUCUGUCCUAACUGGCAGCUUCUAUACAUACUGGUACUUCGCUGUGCCGAUUUGCUAUAAACAUCUAUUUCAUCCAUUUGUCAUGCAGUGAGUAUGCUAGAAAAGUAAAGUAAAUGGUGAAGAAACCUAGUAUUUUAUGGUACAAGGAAUUUGAUAGGAUGGUCUAAUCCAUAACUAUUAACUGAAAACUUCGGAUAGUGCUAUAGUCUAUAGGCAUAAAAGAGAAUACUAGCAAGCCAGCCACAAGAUACUAACAAAUGUAAAAAUUGAAAAGUACCAAUACUUUUUGCACAUAGAUCAAAGUAGAGUGGAGAGUUUUGGCUCCAAAAUUCAGGUUAGUAGGCUCAUUUCCAUGUGCUUAAAAAUGUUUUUUGUUAUUUAAUCAUCAAUUAAGGGCUAGAGCAAGUAUGAAAUUAAAUGUCUUUUUCCUCCAAAUAAGUGGUUCUUAACAGUACAAUGUUGGAUUUGGGGAUUACCAAAAUUGGGUUGGGGGUGGUGACAGUGGGGAAUUGGUUAGGAAGAAUGACAAGGCUUCAGUUUCGGUUUUUGUAUUUUGCUAGCACUCAUACCAGCUACAUUUCUGUUACUCUUAUUGGCCAGGCAAAUGUGUUCUAUUAAACCAGGUAAGUAGUUUAAACAGGAGCUUUUAUUUGCAAAUAUCCCUAAAAAUUGACUCAUUUUAGUGGGUGGGAGAAUAAAAAAGGAUUACCUAACUUUAAUUAAAAUAACCUGCUAGUUGAAAGGGGAAGAAAGUCCAAUCUGUCAAUAUUUCCUUAAGUCACACAAGUAGUAAUGUGGUGAUCUUUAUUAUUAGGAGUGUUCUCCCUCUAGAGUGGCAUUCCAUGACAUUAAUAGAAAAUCCUUCUGUCCCUCCCUUCCCCGUCUUGAAAUUUUCUUUUUUAGGAUGUUGGUUCCUGCACACAAGAACUGACCCUAUCACCUCUGCUCACAGUGGUAAAUGUAUCCUACAUCUCUUGAAAGGGAACUAUCCAUGUCAGUUUCUUUCACAGCAGAAGAAUGGCUGCUUUUGAAUGGGGAGGAAAGAAGACAUUUUUCUUAAUAUCCUUUUUGUCCCAUCUCUAAAAUGUAUAAAUAUCUUGAUUUAGUUUUACUUCUCAUUUAGACUUUGAGCAACUGUCCAUUUGGGUUGCUUCUAAAAUACUCCAUUUUAAAAACCACGUCUGAUUUCAUAUAAACUGCUAACUUUAAAAGAAGAGGUGAAUUUGCAUCUACACUUAGACACUUUCUAAAAACAGGGUGAAAAACUUAAUUGAAAUUUUUCAGUGUUAAGCUAUUGUUAUAGUAGCUGCCCUUUAGUUGCAAAAACAAAACUAUAAAAAUAACCCAUCCCCUAUCUCCUUAGUCCAGAUAACCUGGAUUUAAAAAACAGAUAGUAUAAAAAUGGGGGGGGGGGUGUGUGUGUGGGAGAGAGAGUGUUUAAUUCAUAAAAUGUCCUGGAAACAGCUGUUCUAGGUUCUUGUCAAAUUUACUAAUAGUCUUGUGCACAUGUGAAGUGCCCUCUCUGAAUUUAAGGUUUGGUUAAUACUGGUAUAUUUUUAUAAGAUUGAAAUUGUGUCCCCAUCUUUAACUUUUUCAUUAUCAGGGUCAAUGUGCUAAAACUGAAUUGUAACAUUUUUAGGCACAGAUGGAAAAAUGUUAUUGGCUCCUUGAAAAUGUGUGUGUGUAGCGCCAGGAGAAUAGAUCCACAAAAGCAUGUAUGUACUUACAAACCAAGCUGUAGAGAUCAAGAAGAGAACUUGUGUUGAUCUCAAGAUUUCUAAAUUGUCGAGAAUUACAUGGCAUUGUGGUGAAACUAGUUAACACUUAGAGCUUUUGGAUGUAAUAACUAUUUGCUAUGGACUGAUUAAAUAUUUCAGAGGAUUGUGUUCUU